AUUUUCGCUGCAUCCUCAAUUCCAGCAAUUCAUUUGAUUCUCCGCCCUAACCGAACCAAGAUGCCAGCCGGAAUUUUCAACUCCACAUACUACGGUAAAGACUACCGUGCCGGUGCUGCUCUUCUCCGUGCGCGCCGGCCAUAUCUCUUCAAGAAUGCCGCGACCGGACUUGGCCUUUGCAUGUUCACAAUCGGUGUCUACGCAUACACAAUUCGCGCUGUCGGCCAGGAUGAGUUCUCUGACGUUAAAGUUCCCGACGCCCCCGCCGCCGCGCCACAACAGUCAAAGCAAUGA